AUGGAUGCCGGUGCCUCCAGCUCCGUCCACGUCGAGGUGGCCGCUGGCCAGGAGAAGCACGUGGACGAGCACGUGAAGGGCGUGACCGCCCCUUUGGAUCCUCAUGGCUUCGCGCUCGUUCCAACUCCCAGCCAUUUCAGAGACGACCCGUUGAACUGGCCCUCCUGGCUCAAAUGGCUGGUCCUCCUUCAAGCCUCCGUCAUGGCCCUGCUGGGCCCGUUCAACUCAGCCGUCAUCAACCCAGCCCUGCUGCCCCUGGCCGACAACUUCCACAUCUCCAAAGUCGAGGCCUCGUGGCAGACGACCAUCAGCAUCCUGGCCGCCGGCGUGGCGCCGCUGUUCUGGACCCCGCUGGCCAACAUCUACGGCCGGAGACUCAUCUACCUCGUCUCGACGCUCAUCGGGAUCGGCGCGACCAUUGGCACGGCCCUGUCGACGACAUGGGCUGGUAUGCUCGUCGCUCGCGUGUUCAGCGGCGCGGCUACCAGCGCGCCCAUGGCGCUGGGGGCGGCCGUUGUCAGCGACAUGUUCUUUCAGCAUGAGAGAGGCACCAAGAUGGGUGUCUGGACGGUCUUUCUGACGAAUGGCGCUCAUGUCGCACCAAUCAUUGGCGGGUAUCUGGCCGAAGCGGCUGGCUUUCGCUGGUGCUUCCACCUGCCGGCCAUCGUCGGCGCCUUCAUGUUCGUUCUGAUGAUCUUUGCCUUCCCGGAGACGCUGUUCUCGCGGUCAGAAGAAAGCCUUGCGCGGCACCGCGAGCGGACGUACUGGCAGAUGCUGUUCAACUUCCGCGAGAACUGCCUGCGUGACCGACGCCUGCUCCUGCGCGACUUUGUGCGCCCGUUUGAGAUGCUCCAGUACCCGUCCGUCGCGCUGACGGUCCUGCACUAUAUGAUUUCCUUCGGCUUCUGCACCGUGCUGCCCGCUGUGACAGUCGCCAUCCUCUUCUCGCAGGCGUACGACUUCGGCACGGGGAUCAUCGGCCUGAUGCUGGGUCUCCCGCUGCUGGUCGGGUCCGGGCUGGGCGAGUUCCUAUCCGGCCCGUUCUCGGACUGGGUCAUGUACCGGUACGCGGCGCGGCACGACGGCGAGCGCAAGCCCGAGGCGCGGCUACCGGCGUGCAUCGCGAGCGUGCUCCUCUCGCCCGCGGGGAUCAUCAUCUACGGCGUGUGUCUGCAGCACCACACGCCAUGGAUCGGGCCCGUGAUGGGGAUGGUGAUUGCCAGUUUCGGCCUACAGCUGACGACGACCGUGACGUAUACGUACUGCAGCGACUGCUACAAGCCGCAGUCAGGCGAGAUUGGGACACUGUACAAUUUCGCGCGCCAGGUGUUUUCGUUUCCGAUUGGGUUUUAUGCCAUCUCCUUUGCAGACCGCAUCAGUCUGCAAUGGGCAUGGUUCACCUUCGCCAUGCUUGCCGUGGUGCCGUUUUCGGGAAUUAUCGCCCUGAUCGUCAAGGGGGAGGAAUGGAGGAAGAAACUCGGGUCUCCGCAGUUUCAUCAGGAUAUUUAG